GCAUUGGUUAUUAAGUUUGUUAAGUCACUCCGAUCAUGAAGGUCUUCGUCGUUCUCGCCGUAAUCCUGGCCGUGUCCACUGCUGCCCCACAGUUUGGAGGUGGUAGUGCCAACGCCAAUGCCAAUGCUCAAGCUGAAAAUCAAGGUAGCUUCCAAGGUGGUCAAUACGGAGGACCGGGCCAAUUCGAAGGACAAGGAUUUCAAGGAGAAAGAGGACCUGGCGGAUUCCAAAAUGGACCAGGAGGUCCAGGUGGAUUCGGACAAGGAGAACAAGGAGGCGGAUUCGGAGGAGCACCUGGCCGAUUCCAAAACGGACCAGGAGGUCCAUACGAAGGUGGAUUCGGACAAGGAGUAGAAGGUGGAUUCGGACAAGGACGACCGGGACAAGGUGGAUUCCAAGGAGGCAAUUCCGAAGCUAAUGCUAAUGCUGUUGCUAACGCCAACGGAAACGGUUAUGGGGGUGGAAAUGCUAAUGCCAAUGCCAAUGCCAACGCCAGCUCCCGCGGUGGUGGUGACGCUAAUGCCAGUGCUAGUGCUAGUGCUAGCUCUAACGCCUUCCGUAAAUAAGCGGCGAGUACAAUACGAAUUUGUUCACUGAUUAGUUUUUUAAUAUUUAUAAAAAGAAAAACAAAUAAAAAAUUUAAAAAACA